CAGAAGGCAGGCAGCUGCAGGAAGGGCGGAGGCCAGCUUCAAUCGGGGAUAGACACAUUUCUGAGCAAAGUGAAAGUGAAAGUCACUUUGCUCUUUCUCGUAGGUGCCAUGGCCAAAGGAAGCCCGGUAAAAGAUCUCCAAGAGGCUGUUAUCUGUUCCCUUUGCCAGAAUUAUUUUAAGGAUCCGGUGAUUCUCAAUUGUGGGCACAACUUCUGCCAAGGCUGCAUCACUGGGUACUGCCAGCGUUGGAGGUUGUGGCGCUUGUUCUUCCUCCGCCCUUUCUGCCCUCAGUGCAGAGAAUGGUUCCGGGAAGGAGAAUUCCAGCCCAACCGGCAGCUGAGGAAUGUAGUUGAAAUAGCCAAAAAAUUCCCAGAGCCAAGGGGGAAGAAAGUGUGUGAAGAACAUGAGGAGCUUUUGAAACUCUUCUGUGAAGUGGAUCAAACCCCCAUCUGUGUGGUGUGCAGAGAGUCCCCUACUCACAGAGACCACGCUCUGGUGCCCAUCGAAGAGGCUGCCUUGGAUUACAAGAAACAAAUUCAGAGACAUUUUGAAAGUUUUAAAGAAGAGAGUGAAGAGAUUCUGUCGUAUAAAUUGAGUGAGGAAAAUACAAGCCAGGAACUACUGAAACAUCUACAAACUGAGAAGCAGAAGAUUGUGUCAGUAUUUCAGCGACUGUGCCAGUUUCUGGAGGAACAGGAGCGACUCCUGCUGGCCCAGCUGGAAGAGCUGAAUAAAGAAAUUGAAAAGAGGAGGGAUGAGUAUGUUGCCAAACUAUCUGAGGAACUAUCCUCUUUCAGUUCCCUGAUCAGUGAGAUGGAGCAGAAGUGCCAGCAGCCGGCGAGUGAAUUCCUGCAGGACAUCAAAGGCACCUUGAGCAGAUGCGAGAGGAAGAAGUUUCAGAACCCAGUGGCCUUUUCUUCUGAACUGAAAUGGAGAAUCUGGGAAUCUGCUCAAAUAAAUGCAUCUGUGGAGACCAUAAUGAAGAAAUUCAAAGACUCACUGUCGUCGAGACAGCGGGUGGAGAAAGUGAAUGUGACUCUGGAUCCAGACACGGCCCAUCCACGACUCGUCCUGUCUGCGGAUCGGAGAAGUGUGAGAAGGGGAGACACACGGCAGGCUCUGCCCGACAACCCGAAGAGAUUUGACACUAUGCGCUGUGUGCUGGGCUGUGAGGGAUUCACCUCGGGCCGACAUUACUGGGAGAUAGAGAUAAAAGAAGGGGGAGUUUGUGUUGUGGGGGUGGCCAGAGAGUCUGUGAGCAGGAAGGGAGGGAUCAGCUUUAACCCUGAGCAGGGGAUCUGGGCUGUGCGAUGCUGGGGGGAUCAGUACUGGGCUCUCACAUCCCCUGAGCAGAUCAUCCCCUUGUCCCUGAGCCGGGGACCCCACAGGAUCCGGGUGUACCUGGACUAUGAACGGGGGCAGGUGGCGUUUUUCGAUGCUGGUCAUGGGGACCCGAUCUUCUCUUUCCCGCCGGCUUCUUUCGCCAGGGAGAGAAUCCGCCCGUUCUUCUGGGCUGCUCUUAAUGUGCAGCUCACACUGUGUCCGUGAGGUGCCCUGUCUGUGCCCACAAAACAGGCUCCUCUAGCCCCCACCCCCCUGACCUCUUUGACCUGGAGGAUUGAGCCAGUCAGUCUGUCCCCCUAACCCCCACAGGCAGGGCUGGGGGGGGGGUGACGCUCUACCCGUAGCUCUAUGGCUGUGGAGGUCUGUGUGAGGCGCUCUAGGCUGGGUCUCUCUGCUCCUAGGAGGCCAACGCUGUGUGGAGUGGGGGGGGUCCCACCAAGGAAGGAGGGAGCCCCCCUGUGGGAGGGACCCAGCCGAGGGCCAGGGAGAGACCCCUCAACUGGGGGGAGGGGAGAGCAGCAGGAGGCCUGACUGAAGAGGCUGUGGGGAGAACGGGGGUAUUUAAAAUCCUGUUAGCUGAUUGUUAUUUAGUCACAACCAGCUAAUAUAUAUUUAAAUACAACUGUUAGUGUGUGUACGAGAUGCGAAGGCUGGAAUUUUCAAAACAA